GAUUUAAAACUAUUGACACUUUUUCUUAAAAAAAAAAAAAAAACGGAAGAAAAAAAGAAAAAAAUAGAAAACCCUAAGCCCACCACAACGGUCUAUUUCUCUUUCUUUCCCUUCUCGUUAAACCAGCCUAACACCCCCGUCUGUGAGUUUCUCCUUCCAGCCGCCGCCGAAACCCGCAAGUACGAAGCAGUGGUGGGAGUUAACUUCCGGCGUUGCCUCCCCAUCGUUUCUUACCCACUUACGGCGCCGGUGGUGCGGCACUCACAGCCCGACCCUCUCUUCCGGCGCUUUUUCUCCUUCGUUUUUCUUUCUUCCCGUACCAGCCGCCACCAGCUUCCAUCUUCCUCCUCGCCGGUGAUUGUGUUCCCUCUGUAGCAACAGAACGCGAAACCCCCUACUCCAAAUUCCACUCCGUAGAAGUUGAUAUUCUUGAUUCUUAAUGAGCUUUUGAAGACCAAGGAUGUUGCCAACUGAUGAGUUGAAAAAGAUAUCUUUCACCCGUUCUAUAAGGGAUGGAGAUUUAGUCAUUGUAUAUGAGAGACAUGAUAUCAUGAAGGCUGUGAAAGUAUGUGAAGGGUCAACACUUCAGAAUAGGUUCGGUGUGUUUAAACAUACAGAUUGGAUUGGAAAGCCAUUUGGGUCCAAGGUGUUGAGUAACAAAGGUGGAUUUGUUUACCUGUUAGCUCCAACUCCUGAAUUAUGGACUUUGGUUCUAAGCCACAGAACACAGAUUCUAUACAUUGCAGAUAUUAGCUUUGUAAUUAUGUUCUUAGAAGUAGUUCCUGGCUGUUUAGUUCUAGAAUCAGGGACAGGCAGUGGAUCGUUGACAACGUCGUUAGCUAGGGCUGUAGCACCUACUGGACAUGUCUAUACGUUUGAUUUUCAUGAACAGAGAGCUUCCUCGGCGAGAGAGGAUUUUGAGAAGACUGGCUUGACAAGCCUUGUCACUGUGGGGGUUAGAGAUAUUCAAGGUCAGGGCUUUCCUGAAGAGUUUGUUGGAUUGGCAGAUUCAGUUUUCUUGGAUCUACCUCAACCUUGGUUGGCCAUCCCUUCAGCUGAGAAAAUGCUGAAACAAGAUGGCGUAUUAUGCUCCUUCUCUCCGUGUAUCGAGCAAGUUCAGCGUUCAGCAGAAACUCUUCGAUCUAAGUUUACAGAUAUAAGGACAUUUGAGGUAUUGCUUCGGACAUACGAAGUUAAGGAAGGUAGAACAGAGAGUAACCAGGUUGAUGGAGGUGGUUCUGUUGAGCUUCCUCCAUGUAAGAGGCGGCUGAGAUCCAAGGAAUCAGAUGACAUGAACGAUGAUUCUAGUACGAUGGUCAUGGUUAGGCCGUGUAGUGAGGCCAGAGGUCACACCGGUUAUCUAACAUUCGCAAGACUUAGGUGCCUGUCUUAACAAAAAUAUAGUUCAUUUUUCUAGCAAAUUGGAAGUUUUGUAUUCUUUUUCAUCAUUCUGGUACCUUGACACUCAUUUCAGAUUGUUCAAUAGUUUUGUUUAUAUUCUUCUUUCUCAUCUUGAUAUCACCACUCAAUUUAAAGUAA